AUAACCUUCAAUUUGAUAAUACAAGUGAUAAAUGACUGUCAUAAUGAAUCAGUAUCAUUUACUCAUUCUAACUAAAAUUAUUCUGCUUUCAAGCGCAUUGAAUUUUGUAAAAGGUGAUUGCAUUGGUCUUAAUGCUGACUGUUCUAAAACUGUAUUCGUCCAAUGCUGUGAUCCUUUGUCAUGUGAAUUAGAUUCACCAUUCAAUGGGAAGUGUAAAUUAUGCCUAUCAGCUGGAUCAUUCUGUUGGCGUAGUAGUGAAUGUUGUUCAAAAACGUGUAGUUGGUUCAAAUGCACAGAUCCUGUGAAAGAUUUAGUUAAACAAAUAACUGGUUAAGAACGGUUACAAAUAUUUAUUAAAUACGCUAAAUAUUCUAAUGAUAAGAUUGUAUGAAUAAUUAUUACUAAAUGAUUGACAGCAUAUAAUUUGAUUGGGUUUGAAUGUUUUCUUCUUAUCAGCAUUAAUUCGGUUAUUAUUACCUUAAACAGAAUGAUAAUUACAGCCUAAAUUUUGUUUUCUGUAUUGCAAAAGAUUUUUUAUUUUGAGAAAGAGAUGUACAUUAAAGGUAAAAAUAUAUAAUCUUGAUUUCUUAAAUGUUUAUUUUCAACUUUUCAUUGUUGUACAGUCUAACUGACUUUACGAUUAGUGCUGAAAAGAAGCAUGACACACACACACACACACACUAAGGACUAUUUCUUUUGUCAGGUGAUCCAAUUAUUCAUGAAAAAUCAAAUUUUUAAGAUAAGAAGUUCAGUAUGAAUACUAGUGAAUAGAUGACUUCAUCCACAAUGCUGAAGAAUAUGAUAUUAGGUUCACCUAGAAGUUACCUAUAAGUUGGAGAUAAAGUCUACUAUACUCAUUCACGUGACAGUGGUUAUUACUAACCAUUUUUUCUGUACUGUCUAUUUCAAGUUGUUAUUCAUCGUA